CACAGUUCUUUUCAAAGCAUGCACGUUAAGAAUAGCGAGAGCCUGACAUGCAGCCGAGAUACCGAGACUCACGAGAUGCAUUUCUGGACUGAGCCAGAGCUAGCCCCGGGCUAUGUGUACACAAGCGCACAAUAUUCCCUCUAUGUGCUCACCUGUGUAAUAUCACAAGUCAAUAAGAAGAUCACUGCUGAGUUUAGGGUCACCCCAGAUGGCGUAUUGACCGAGUCUGGAUUGGUGAAUCCGUCGAUCUUAUAAAGUAAAGGCAAGUCAGUGUGCGGGAACAUCAUGAGUAGGUAACACGCUUCUGAUGAUAGCAUACUAUUCACUGCCCCCGUAGACUAUGCGGAGCCACACUUCUCUGGGCCACAAAUUCUUCCGCGUAGUUCGAAUAAGGCUGUUCAAAUGUCGACGA